GCAUUUCCGUACGUGCUUCCGUGAAGUUGAUCUGGAUUGUUUAUACGCGCUGCUUCCCGCGUGCUGGUCUGACAGCUAGUUAACGGGAGCUAGUUAACGGGAGCAGCUGGAUGUUAACGGAGGGUGGAGGAUGAUAAAGACGGAGAAGACGCUGCACCUGAAGAGCUGCCGGGGCCGGACGGUGCGGGUGGUCCGGGAGCACUACCUGAGGGAGCGGGUUCCCUGCUACAGCUCUCUGUGCCAGGCGGACUGUGACCACGGCGGUAAAGUCCUGCCUGGAGAUCUGACCCACUACGUGAUGCCGGAUGCCACGGUGGUGGUGGACUUCCUGGAGAUCCUAGAGUUCAGACAGCUGCAGGGCAUCGUGUUCACCCAGACGGCCUGUGAGGCUCUGCAGAGCAAAGGACGAAGGUACUACAACAGACUGCGAAACCUGGUUAAAGACCCCCGACACGACUGUGUUCUGUUUGCUAACGAGUUCCAGGAGUAUUCAUAUUGUCCACGGGAGAAGGGAGAGAGCCAGGACAAGUGGAUGACCAGGUGUGUGUACUCGGCUGCUGUGUGGUACUACAACCACCUGGCAGGUAUGAUGAGCAUGGUGAUGAUCACUGAGGACCAGGAGGCCGUGGCUCAGUACAGCAGCCUGAACUCUGGAGUGUUCGUCAUCUCCAUCCAGGAUUAUUUGCAGAACUUCUGGCCGGAGCUGCAGGCGGCUCAUGAACUGUACAGCUCCAUAUCUCAGGUUCUCCAGGAGAAGGAGGGCGAAGACUCCCAGAAAGAGUUCAGCGAGCAUCUACCUGCUGAAGUCCUGGAGGCUGGAAUCAAGUCUGGACGCUACAUCCAGGGAACUCUGAAUGUGAGCAAACAUCGAGCGCAGAACGAAGCUUUCAUCACCACGGAGGGUUUAUCCAGCAGGAACACAGAUCUGAGCUCAGACGUGUUGGUGUUCGGCGGUAAGCAUCGUAACCGAGCCGUGCACGGCGACGUGGUCGUGGUGGAGCUGCUGCCGAAGAGCGAGUGGAGAGGAAGGACGACGUCUCUGACCGAAGGACAAGGAGACGAGAAGACCGAGGACGACGACAGCAGCGCCAUGCCGACAGGCCGUGUGGUGGGGAUCCUGCAGAGGAACUGGAGGGACUACGUGGUGACUUUCCCCACCAGAGACGGGACUCAGAACCAGAGCAGGAACUCUCAGCGGAUCCUGGCGAUCCCGUGGGACCGUCGCAUCCCCAAGAUCCGGAUCAGCACGCAGCAGGCUGAAGCUCUGCAGGACCACAGGGUGGUGGUCCGGAUGGACUCCUGGGACAGCACCUCUCUGUAUCCCAACGGACACAGCGUUCGGGUUCUGGGUCGAGCCGGAGAGCUGGAGACGGAGGUCCAGACCAUCCUGAUGGAGAACUGCAUCCACGUUCCUCCCUUCUCAGACGCUCAGCUCAGAGAGAUGCCGCUGAACUCUCCUGAGAAGCCGUGGAAGGUGGAUCCGGUGCAGGUGAGGCGGCGCAGGGACCUCAGAGGGACUCACCUGGUGUUCAGCAUCGACCCGCGGGGCUGCGAGGACGUGGACGACACGCUGUCGGUGCGACGCCUGGCUGAUGGAACGCUGCUGGAGCUGGGAGUCCACAUCGCCGACGUCACGCACUUUGUUCAGGAAGGUUCUCUGACCGACCUGGAGGCAAGAACGAGGGCAACCACCUACUACCUGGCCGACCGGCGCUACGACAUGCUGCCGGCGGUGCUCAGCUCAGACCUCUGCUCCCUGCUGGGGGGAGUCGACAGGUAUGCGAUGAGCGUCAUGUGGGAGCUGGACGCUCACACUCUGGCCGUCAACAAGGUGUGGUUCGGGCGGACGCUGAUCCGGUCCUCCUACCAGCUGCACUACGAGCUGGCCCAGGCGCUGCUCAACGGGGAACCGGCCGACGUACCGGAGCUGGAACAGGUCGGUUCUGAAGAGAAGGACGCCAAGUUAGCAGAACUCACCCAGGCUCUGGAGAUGCUGACUCACAUAGCCCGUCACCUGAGAGCUCAGAGGGACCGAGGAGGAGCUCUGGAGCUGGAGGGGGUGGAGGUUCGUGCUCAGCUGGACGAGGACAGGAACAUCACAGCUCUGGUUCCCCGUCAGCCUCUCGAGGUCCAUGAGACGGUGGCAGAGUGUAUGAUCUACGCCAACCACUGGGUGGCGCGCAAGAUCCAGGAAACCUUCCCCUCCCAGGCCCUGCUGAGGCGUCACCCACCUCCACGACAGGAACUGUUCAGACAGCUGGUGGAAACCGCCAAGGCCCAGGGCUUCACCGUGGACACCAGGACCAACAAGGCUCUAGCCGACUCUCUGGACCGGGCCGUGGACCUCCAGGACCCCCUGGUGAACCGGCUGCUCAGGAUGAUGGCCACCCAGGCCAUGUCCCAGGCCAUGUACUUCUCUACUGGGGCCCAGCCUCAGGACCAGUACUACCACUACGGUCUGGCUCUGGAUCGCUACACUCACUUCACCUCACCCAUCCGUCGCUAUGCCGACAUCAUCGUUCACCGCCUCCUCACCGCCGCCAUCGCCAUGGAUACAGGGGCGGAGCCUAAAGCACCGGGCAGCAACAAGGAAGUGGAGGAGACGGCUCAUCACAUCAACAGCAAGAACAGGGCGGCUCAGAGAGCCCAGAACUUGUCCAUGGCGUUGUUCCAGUGUCUCUACUUUAAAGAAAAAGACCCUCAGACGGACCCUCGCUGUGUGGCCAACGCCGUCAUCUACGCCAUCAGAGACAACGGAGUCCUGGUCUUCAUCCCAGAGUACGGGGUGAAGGGUCCGGUCUACCUGAGGAACAAGGAGGGUCAGGUGGUGUCGGUGGGUCCAGACGGAGGCUGUGAUUGGCAGAGCGGCUCCGUACGACGGCACCUCGACCGGAUCAGCACCGAGUCGGUCGGCGGCAGCGCCACCUUCAGGCUGUUCGAACACGUCACAGUCCGGAUCUCGGUCCAGUCCUCCAGCUGCCACGCCGACUCUCUGAACCUGGAGCUGAUCAGGAACCGGCCUCACGGCGGCCCCGAGGCCCAGCGAGGCCCCUCUCAGGGCCGGGGCCAGCUGGUCCAGGAGGUGGUCCAGGAGGCGGUCCGGCUGGUCCAGGAGGCCCAGCAGAGGGAGGCCCGGCCCAGACUGUCCAAGGAGGAGAAGGAGUUCAGUCAGACCCGGACCCCCAACCUGUACUCUCUGCUGGAGGAGGUGAGGGAGCUGGCUCUGAGGGACCUGGACCUGGACCUGGACCGGCCCCAUCCGGUCUGUGCCACCACGGCUUAGAGAACACGGGAAGGUCACGUAUGACCGCCGGGAACGACUCAGGUCAGAACAAUGAACAUACACUGGAAUGACUCAGAACCAGCAGGAGACGUGGUUCUCUUUCAGAUGGUUUCAUUCUAACGCUCCAGAAUCACAUUAAACACGUCUUUUUUUAGAUUUUACUGAAUUUACUUCCUUUAGUUCUAGUUGGAGCCGAAAUAUUCAGGAUCACAGAACCAGAACUUCCUGCAUUUUGGUGGAUUUUUAUCAACUCUGAAUUAUGAAUUUAAAGCCCAAACUUCUGUUCAAAUCAUCAAACGUUACAGCGCCCCCUGGUGUUUUAAACUGAAUGUAUUUCUGUAACUAGCCCAGCUGUUUCUGCUUGAUUCUGGCCUCUAAUGUGUAAAUUAUGGAUAAAAUUCUGCUUUUUUGGACCCUCUCAAAGUGUGUAAAUGAAGACUGUAGAUAUUUUUAUUGUACAUUUAAAAAAGCAGUGUUUGGAUGCUGAUUAAUCUGUGGUUCUUUGAUUAAAAACUUUGAGAGUCA